AGAAGUUAAAUGCAAUCUCGCAAGAACCCCAACUGGAACGAUAAUGAUUAUUUUGAAGACUGUGACAUCCCUGAGGAAGCCCCUGUAAUCACUAAGAAAAUAGAAAGUUCAAAAGAUUGCCACAAGAGCCUUCUUUCUUCCAACAAGGGUGGACUUAAGGAGGAGGACAGGACUGAAUUCAUCACUAAUCUUGAGAUUGAGUACACAAACAGGUCACUUUCCCCGACUAAAUUCAGGAGCAGAUGGUUUGUAAGUGAGAAGGAGAUUCCUAUUUUCUCGAUUGCUCCUACUACGAUUGAGAAGAAGAGUGUCAAGAAGAGGUCUCCCAGGAGGUUUAAGAAGAAAGGAAAGAGGAAGUCCCUCAAAAAGAGGAGAUAUAAGAGAUCUAUCUCUAUAAUCACACCUUGCAAGACUAAAUCUUCUAGUAAUACUAUCGGUAGCGGUGAAGGGCAAGGAAAGAAGGCUGAAAAAUCUAUGGUUGAGAGGAUGGCUAAGCACCAGUCAAUGAAACUAGCCGCUCUUGAGAGGGAAAACUUCGGCCUCCAGCUGACCAUUGGAGAUAUCUCUCCUGCUUAAUGUAUAAUAUUGUAUAUAACAUUCUUACUAUA